UACGUCGUCAACAAAUAGAUGGGAGGGAUUUAUUCUCUUGUCACCAGGGUGACAUUUUCUUUGCAGAAAUAUUUCCACGAGAAGGACUAACCUACUUGCUGCUGCAAACUUUCGUGCAUGAGUAAGAGGCAUACGUCUGACCUGUAGCUCGGUUUUGCGCCUAGUCAUCUAGAAAUGCAGCCAACAAUAGCAGCAAAAUACACAGCGCUGUGUUUGCUUAUAUUUCUGCCAGCAGCAUUAUCCGGAUAUGUGAAGGGCGAGAAAGGCAGAAUAUCGUUGCCAGUGGAAUGCCACCCACAUUGCGAGGUUGGUAAACAAGGCGCAUGCUUUGUUCCUGAGAACAAUCAAUGCCAGUGCUACUGCGUUGAAAAUGUAAAUCACUGCGAGAUUGUACGGCGACAUCAUCAUUGCCCCAACAACGAGAUUCACCUAUGUAAUAUUAGGGGCGACGUAUGCGAGUGCAGUUGUGUACCUGUGGGAUUGUGGUGAGCUCAAGAAAUAUUGACGACCCAAUCGCUCGACAGCUUCCAUGCAAAAUGAAAAGAACUUGUACGCAGAUGUACAUGAAAUAACUAUCUCGAAAUCAUUGAGAUGCUUGAUCCGUUGUGCCAAAACCAAGAAAAGGCGAAAGCGGAUAAUUUGCCCAACGCUGAGCAGGACGCUUUUUUCGUGUAUUUUAUUGCUGUGCUUUCUUUUCAUUUUUUUAUAUACGCGUUGACGUGUGCAAGGCUCGCGAUUGCAAAACGCCAGAAACGCCACUUUGCAUCGCAAGGAAUUCCAAAAUAACAUGUGUGAACACCACGCGGGUACCAGCAUGCGUGUGCUCCGAGAUUGUACUGGUUCCCUGUUUACGCCUCACAUGCGGGUUAAUUCCCGCCAGCUACUUACUACUAGAAGGUACCAGUAACAGACUUGCCGACGAUUGUCACUGUAUGCUACCCACAAAGAUGGUGUAAUGACUCUGCAGGAAAAGCUGGGCAAUAUCGUGGCAAGCACAAAGGCACUGCUAUAUCAAACACUCUCAUGGUGGCAACGGUGCUUAACUUCAUACUGGCCAAAAAUUAUUUUAAAGAAACCGAAAAAUACAGAAAACCUACAGCAAAAAUGCGAAUUCGCAUGUUCCACGUACUUAUCCACAGUAUACAAUAGUUCAUUCCAUAUAUUCUUUAGAAACAUCCGAUGAGUACCUAUAACGUUCACAAGACUGCAGGCGCAUUAGCUAGAUGGCACCACCAUAGCUAACGAGGCUUGUACGUGCGCAAGGUAUCCUUACCCAUCACCCACAUCAUAUGAAUCACUUCUCCGUUUCCGCGCUUGCUGUUGACUUGUGUUGAAAAAUCAACUUUGCCCUUAAUAGACUCCACAAACUCCAUGGUACGACUCCUUGGUAAAUACAACUACCGCAUUGCUUCCCAUUACCGUACAAUCAUUUUAUGUACUAACAUUGACGGCCAUAGCGGCGCCCAUCUGUUGACUUACUUUAAUGCAUGGGUGCUAAAUGAAGCGUUUCCUCUAGAGUUGAUCAUAUUAAGUCCAUAAAGCCGCUGGAUCGUGUUCGCCUCCAUAGAUCCAUUGUGCUACAGCAACGUUGUUCAGCGUUAAGACGCCAUUGCUGACAACAGUGCGUCCGUGGAUCUCAAACGCGGGGUGUGCGUUUUCGUUUCCAACUGUGCUGCACAAAUUAAAAGCUACUCGAACGUUAUGCAGUAGCGGACAACUUAGUUGACGACGAGCUUAGGUCAGUGGAGAUGCUUGCUCGUCCACAAACGACGAAGGCAGCAGGAUGUAAGUAUUCAUGCAUGGCUGCUACUGGCCAUUUCAUUCUGCAUUGCACUCUAUGGGCUGUUCGAUAAACCAGUGAGUAGCCAUAAGCCACUAUCAUGUAAGGCUUGAACUCCGCCAAAAAUUUAAAAAGAAACAUGCGCAGACAUUACAUGAGUAAAGCGGCCCACUUGUUGCACCUAUAUACUUGGGUACCGUGCCAUAAAAGUGAAUGUCGCUUGUUCUUUCAGUAAUUUUGUGAUUGUAUAGGUCCGUACUUUUUUGCAAGGAAUUUGUAAUUCGCAAUAAUUUUGAGAACAUCUUUUGCGACACAAAUAAUGCAAUUACCGUGCUUUGGAGCUCAAAAUAUUCUGUACUUAUCGGCCUUCGUAUAACACUGAAACCGUCUUUGACAAUUAUACUCAGUUGUGGUAUCGGCCCAUAUCGUUGAACAGCAAGACGACGCCUUGAGCUCAAGGCGUCGUCUACAAAAUCAGCCGUGCCGACUGUCCGGCGUCGUACAUCGGGGAAGCCAAAAAUCUAAAAGAAAGGAUCAGACAACACGAGAACGACGUCAGAACAUAGAACCGUAUUCGCAGCGCCGUCGCUGAACACUCUGAAGACGCCGACCACAAGAUUGCUAUCCAGCAAACUGAAAUCCUUCAAACAGAGACGAACUCGUGGAAGAGACUACUACUGGAGUCAUGGCUCAUUCAGAAUACGAGGAAUAACAUAAACCACGUGAAGGGCAACCUACCCUCGGUGUAUGUCCAUGGCUUUGGUGACAUGACGAAAAGAAGAAAAGGAUACACAGCCAGGUAGACUCCCGCUUGUUUCGCCCACACAAAAACGUCGGCGCGACCCUGUAACCUUCCUCACCACCCGCCUCCCCUCAAGGGCACCCUCGCGAGCAUUCUCCCCAGCACCGGUCAUCCCUGCACCACGGCAGCCGUCAACAACCCCCCCCCCCUUUUGUUCCCCUACCUUUCCGUCUGUGAAGUGUCUCCCCACCUCCCGUGCCCUCCCUUCCCUUCUUUACAAAAGACACUUUAAAAGCGGCGCACCGCUGCCCCCGAAGAACAACCCCCUGAAGAAGGAGCCGAAUGGGCUCCGAAAGGUCGGGCUAAUAAAAUUCAGUUAUUUGGUUGGA